UCUAAUGUUACAAAGGGACUCAACUGAUGGCAUAUGUUUUCAUUUGCACUGUCAUUGGAGUUAUUUUUAUAGCGAUCUUUCUAGGCAUCAGAACCACAAUGUCUGACGCAAGGAAAAUAUCAGUUGAUUUCGAAGUCCAUGGCAGUGUGCAAGGUGUAUUUUUCCGUGAUUAUACUCGAAGAACAUCAACUCAGAAUGGUUGUGUUGGCUGGGUGAAGAAUACCAAUCAAGACACAGUUGUGGGGCAGAUUCAGGGGCCGAAGAAAAAUAUUGACUUCAUGAAACACUGGCUGAGUUCUGUUGGGAGUCCAAUGUCAACAAUCAAGCGAUGUGACUUCUCAAAUGAAAAGACAAUUGAGGAUGUGUCGUACAAAAACUUUACUGUUAGAUAAAACUGUGCACAGCCAAAUGUUCUUUGUUAUUGAAUACUCACCUCAGUUUUCGCUUUGUUUUUCGCUUUGUGCAAAACGUAUUCCAGAGUCGCUAGUAUACUAACAAAGUUAUAUCUUUUGAUAUUUUUUUGGCAUCUCCAUGAAUCUCCAUUUGGUUUGUUUUUUUCUGACAGUACAACAGCUUCUUUGAUUGUAAGUUAUUGUGCCAAUUUGAUAUGAUAUCUGAGCUGGCGUGUCAGGAAUAAAUCUAGCCUAGUCCAAGGUCCGCAACCUUUAACUUAAAAGGCACAUGCACACCAUGGUUUAAUGGACAUUUUCGGCCAGUCUAGCCAUACUAAUUAGUAUUAUAAGUGAAACUUAAGACAGUCUGUGUAAUUCUGGUCAUAAUUAAUUGCUAUAAUUAAACUACAUAAUAAACUUUGAAUCAGUAGACCAUUUCUAGACCAAGAAAUGGUUAUAUGAAGGAUGUAAAUCAGAUUUUGUGGGACUGCCCAUAAACUAACUUUACUAAGUACACGAUACAUGUGGAUGUGGUGUUUUGUUGCUAAGGGUUCUCAUGCAUGAGUUGACAGGUCCACAGUAUUGGUUAACUUGCAGGAACUGUGUUUCUCCAGAACAUGUGAAGACAUUCGAUUCUUGAAUAUUGUGAUUAUGUCAACGUUGCAUGGAUUGAUCAAGAUGUGAAUGUUUGAGUAAGGAUUUACAACUUGCCUCAAGUUCCUGAUGUGAUCUCCUGUCAUUACAUUUUACAGUAAUGAACCGCCGAGGAUGAUUCACAAGCAUUAUUGUUCUUGAAGGUUUGUGGCAUUUGUUUUUCAGAAUUUCAUUUUAAUGAAUAAAUUUUAAGUUUUU